UUUGCCCUUCCUUAAAGAGAUGAGUCGUGAGUGGGCACAAAUAUUUUAACAUGGAGCACCAUCGGACCGGGUAGAAUUGCCAAGUAAUUCAUCAAUUCAUCUUCUUCCUUUCAUUCAUGAAGCUAAACAGAGAGACUAGAAUUUGAGGGGCCAAAAGAAUUGUUUUAAAAAAAAUCCUUAAAAGAAUCGAAGGCUACCAUGCUCAGUGAAUACUCAAAAGAUGGAGGUGAAAAAGGAGAAGAGGAGCUUGAGGAAUCAGAAAUGCUGGAAGUGGAAGGGCUGGGAUUGUAUAAGGGGAAAGUGAGAAUUGUGCGUAGUGAAGAGGCGGCCGAAGAAAUCAUGCUUUUGUGGGGAAUCCAACAGCCCAUUCUCUCAAAGCACAAUGUCUUUGUUCAUCAAUCUUCUCCCCAACUCCACAUAGAUGCUUGCGGUCGCUCUCUCUCCAUUCUCCAAUCCCCUUCUUCCUUGGGUACUCCUGGUGUAACUGGGGCAGUGAUGUGGGACAGUGGAGUUGUUCUUGGAAAGUUCUUAGAGCAUGCUGUGGAAUGCAGAAAAGUUCUUCUUCAGGAAAAAAAAGUUGUUGAGUUGGGUUCUGGCUGUGGAUUGGUUGGUUGCAUUACAGCUCUUUUGGGUGCUGAUGUUGUUCUCACCGACCUGCCAGAUAGACUUAGGCUGUUAAAGAAGAAUGUUGUAGCCAAUCUAUAUGGUGAUGUACGAGGGUCUGCCAUAGUAAAAGAGCUCACAUGGGGAGAUGAUCUGGACCAAGAUUUGCAUUAUCCCCUUCCUGAUUAUGUGCUUGGCUCAGAUGUGAUCUAUAGCGAGGAAGCUGUGAUGGAUUUGUUGGCGACUCUAUUGGAUCUUUGUGGAACCCAUACAACUGUUAUUUUCGCUGGAGAACUUCGAAACGAUGCCAUCCUUGAGUAUUUCUUGGAAGCCGCAUUGAAGGAUUUCAUCGUUGGUUGUAUUAAUCAAGAACAGUGGCAUCCAGAUUAUCGUAGCCAACGUGUCGUCAUAUACAUUAUGGUGAAGAAGUAGAAGCGAAGAAAAAAGAUCACUUAUUUAGUUCAGGGAACCCCAUGUUUUAGUAGUUCAACCGUAUCAGCUUUACUGCCGUGUGGCAUGCGCAAGUGUGGUUCACCUAAGGUAGUGUUCGUUUGCAAUGAAAUGUGUGAGAAAGUGUGAGAAAGUUGUUUUUCCCCCCCCUUUCUAUGUGUUUGUUUGACAGGAAAGUCAGCAAAUUUCCCUGCACUUUUCCUCCUUUUUUUGUUUUUUGUUUUUUGUUUUUGUUUAAAACCUCCACCCCUUCCUACCCUUAAUUGCCAGACUCGGGAUUUGAACUUUAAAUCAAGCAGUAGGAAGAACUCUAA